CUUCGGAUCAACGGCGAUGUGCUUUCCGAAUCUUUCGGCCAGAUCGACAUCAACCGGCAAGGGCCGGCGAAAUGUCACAAAUUUGUCAUCACCCGAAAUUGGACAAUAUAGGAACUGAAGCUCUCUCAUCUCAAGAGAAAGAACAAGAAGCUGAGAAGGGACGCGAUCGAGGAAGUCUGAGUCGUCAUGCAUUUGAUCAUCGGCACCAGUUCUUCCUAGCUGGGUCUCCCACGGAAGUUCGGUGUUCACAUCAAUGACCUUGGCCCCGAUAAUGGAGUGAUCAAAGUCAAUCUUCUCAGUCACAUCUUCUAAGAACCCACUAGUGGAAGCCUCUUUGACCUGCACUCGCCGCUGGCCCACAAAAACAACAUCGUUGUGGUGGUUGCUGCGAAGACGAGCAGGGAGAAUCCACUGUACAACAGGGCUGGGAAGAAUGGUCUGGGUGAAAAGGCCAGUAAGUUCGCGCGUUGGGCGCGUAAAGAACUGUUCCUCAUCCAUGGAGGUGGUGGACCAUAGUUCAGAGGAUCUGCCGCUCGAUGUUGCUCUCAGGUCAUUGAGGGCCAAAUUGACCGUGUCAAGACUCGAAAUGUCCCGCCUCGGACCAACAGUUUGAUGAAUAUCAACUGAAACUGUAGGAAGACCGUGGAGAAUUCUCUGGGUAGUGCUUUGUGGUCGAGAUCAACAUGCGCUCGCUUGUAUGGGAUCAUGCGGGUAAUUCAAUAUCGGCAGGACCUACCACCGAGAACUUAGUGAAGCAGAGUGUCGGCCUGGGAGAUCGAUUAUACAGCCAUCUCAGCAGCUCUGUUCAAUAUUUUUCUCUACAGAACGUGUUUGGAACUGAUUGAUCCCAGAGCCGUCACUUUUGGGGGGGUGUGGCUCUGUUGGUGAGCAACACGUACCGCCUGCGGGGUGAUGCGGCAGACUUGGUGGGAGAGGGGCUAGAAGCAGAAGGUGAUUCGGUCACCAGUCACAGAUGUGACGCCCGGUUGUCGAUUUUCACUGUCUGACGGCGAUGCUCUCUGGGAGCAGCCGUUGAUAUACUCGCGCGUAUGAGCUCCAAAUGCCGUUUGGUGUUUCGCAAGAGGGAGGGAAUCACGUUUCCUGAUGCCUCAGGCUACCAGGCGGCACCUCCCAACUGUCCCUCCGGACUCCAACUGCUGGCAUCAGAUACGACGAGUCUAUGCUUGGCAAGCAACCACCACGCUGGGCAUCUUUGAUCUUCGAGCUCCAUAUGUGUGCUUUUUAGUGGUCCCUUACUUUCUGGAGAUCAUCGUUUUUUAUGACUGGAGUGGAAACUCGCAGCAAAGCCGCAGUAUUUGGACUGUAGCCUGUUGAAGGAUACCUGAAGACCACAUACAAUCAAAUGAUCUAACUAAAUCGGACGUCAUACUCAUCCAUUUCUCAAGCACAGUUGAAUGCUCUGGUGUCUUUGAUCCGUCUUAAUAUUGACAGCGGGCCCAUCAAACAUGGACCCACGCGACAACGACCAUGAAACACGACCGGUCUCGUCGGAUGGGGAAAAGGAAUUAGCCAUGUCCAGAAACUCAUCGGAAGAAUCAUUGGGCACUCAGCAGCGAUCUAAGGCUAGAGCAGUGAAAGCAGCCGCAAUUCGGCAUGCUUGCGACGCGGGCAAUGUAGAAGCAUUGAUCGCGCAUGCCACCAGCGAAGGCGGAUUGCUGGAUGAUGAAUUGAGGCAAAGAGCAUGGCCGAUAUUUUUACAAUGCGACGCAAAUUCACCAUCAGAGGACCUCAAACCUCUCGACGGCCUACCACGACAUGCCGAUGAGGACCAGGUACAGCUCGAUGUCAAUCGAGCUUUUGUCUAUUAUCCUAAUGUCCCCGAGGAGGAUCUCUUGAAAAAGAAAGACCAAUUGUCAGAUCUCAUCGUUCAGAUCCUGAGGAACUAUCCCAUGCUAUGCUACUUCCAAGGAUACCAUGAUAUCGUGCAGGUCCUGCUUCUAGUCCUGGGAGAACAGAAAGCUGCGCUGGCCAUGGCGCGAGUAUCACUCUUCCGAAUCAGAGACUAUAUGCUCCCUUCGCUCACACCAGCCCUGAAACAUCUGCAGCUGAUCCCUGCAAUCGUCGGAACUCUCGACCCUACACUAUGGCAGCAUCUCGCCAACAUCCAACCCUUCUUUGCUCUUGCCUCAACUCUCACGCUCUAUGCUCAUGACAUUCAAGAGUACAGCGACAUUGCACGUUUGUUUGACUUCCUCCUUGCUCGAGAGCCGGUGGUAGCUAUUUACCUGUUCGCGGCUAUUAUUCUCUCUCGAAAGAAGGAGCUGAUGGAAAUUCCUGAGGACGAACCGGAGAUGCUGCACUUUACGCUAUCUAAAUUACCAUGUCCACUCAAUCUUGAUAGUCUGGUUUUGAGUGCGGUCCAACUUUUCAAAGACCACCCUCCUGAGUCGUUGCCUCGUGGGGCAUGGAAGCGGAUUCCCAGUUGCAGUGUCCUCAAAACCUCUCGGGAUGUCUCUCGGCCUUACAAUGUCGACGAAGCGAUACGAAUGUUUCAUCAACAGGCCCGACAAAUGCGAAAUGAGGAGCGACGAAAGCAAGCUCUCGAGUUCGGCUGGAAGCACAGGAGGGCGAUCGGAUCUGUGGCUUUGGCGAUCCUUGUCGGCGCGGCAUCUAUCUACAUCCGGAAGAAGGGACUGGACUUUUCAGUCUGGUACUACGUCGGCCGACUGCAGUCCAUGCUCAAGGGCUAGAGAAAUGCAUUGAACCAAAAAACCAUAGACAAGAUUAGCUUAUGUUACCGAACCUGUAUACUAGUAUUCAAUUUGAGGCUACGUUAAGAGCAAUGAAGAGUGAAUUCAAUCUCUG